GUCAGGUAACCAGCGGGUGAGUUGGGAGAAAGAGCAGGCGCCAAGGAAUUGAGGCUUCAGGGCCUUGGGUUCAGGGGUUAGAUCACCGAAUAUAUAUGGAAGACCACCAGGCUGACUCCUCAAUCUCAUUCCUACCUCAUUUGGAGGCCAAGAUCCGCCAGACACACAACCUUGCACGCCUCCUGACCAAAUAUGCAGAACAACUGCUGGAGGAAUAUGUGCAGCAACAGGGAGAGCCCUUUGGCUUGCCGGGCUUCUCACCACCGCGGCUAUCGCUGACCGGCCUGAGUGGCCCAGCUCCGAACCAUGCGGGGCUACCGGUGUCCGAGCGGCUGCGGCAGGAUGCAGCCGCCUUGAGUGUGCUGCCCGCUCUGUUGGAUGCCGUGCGCCGCCGCCAGGCGGAGCUGAACCCGCGCGCCCCGCGCCUGCUGCGGAGCCUGGAGGACGCGGCCCGCCAGGUUCGGGCCCUGGGCGCCGCGGUGGAGACGGUGCUGGCCGCUCUGGGCGCUGCAGCCCGCGGGCCCGGACCAGAGCCCGUCGCCGCCGCUACCCUCUUCACGGCCAACAACGCUGCAGGCAUCUUCUCAGCCAAGGUGCUGGGGCUCCAUGUGUGCGGCCUCUAUGGCGAGUGGGUGAGCCGCACCGAGGGCGACCUGGGCCAGCUGGUGCCAGGGGGCGUCGCCUGAGAGCCAAUACUUGUUCUUGCACGCUCGCUCUGUCCCGCCUCUUUGGCUUCUAAUUCUCUGCCUCUCCAUCUGUGUCAUCCGUGUGUGUUCUUGGGCUGUCCCUCUCUUUCUGCAUUGUAUGAUCUUUCUUUUCUGCUCUCCUUUUCUCAGGGAGCUUCUUGUGCCCACCAGUUUCCCAUCGUGUGUCUUUCUCUGAACUCUUAUGUCUCUGAGAGGCUUCUGCUUCUGUUUCCUUGUCUUUUGGUUCUUUCUUUCUUGGCUUGCUCGUUUAUUUUUGAGACAGGGUCUCACCAUAUAGCUCUGGAUUGCCUGGAACUUGCUAGGUAGACCAGGCUGGCCUCGAACUCAUAGAGAUCCACCUGCCUCUACCUCCCAGUUUUCCCCAUCUGUCUCCCUGUGGUCCAUAUGUGUAACUCUUAUUUCAUUUCAUGGAGGUGACACUUUUUCUCCCUUCAGUUUCUUUGUUCUUUACUGACCAGAAAAGUGCCUACUUGUCCUCUGUUGGCAAGGCCACCCACCCUCAGGACCUUCCCACCAGUUCCUUUAUAGGCAAAUCCCUCCCCCUUUGAGGUCCUUCCCUUUCUUACCUCUCUACCCUAUUCUCAAUGGCCCCCAGCCCUAGGCUGGUCAAUGGAGAGGGAAAGGGAGCAAAACAUCUUAAGAGUUUUAUUUGUGAAUAAAUUAAAUUUUUGUAAAUAAAAUGUUUAACAAUAAAACUAAAGUUUUAUGAAACAUA